AUGUCAAAUGCAACUUCAUUUCAGACAAACAUCACUGAUGGACUGCAGCACCGGGGGAUGGUGGAAAUUUUAUUGUUUUCUGCUCCAAUUAUAUUAUCAUGCUGUGUGUUCCUCCUCAUUAAUGCCACCAUGUUGAUCACCUUGAGGAGUAAACUGGUGUUUCGUGAAACCUCCCGCUACGUUCUUCUGUAUAACCUCCUUUUUGCAGACACUGUACAGAUGGCACUGAGUCAGGUACUGUACAUAGUAUGUGCUUGUAGAAUAAUGCUGACAUAUCCUGUUUGUGGCGUUCUCACCAUGCUCGCCAAUCUCACAACUGUGAUCUCACCUCUCACACUGGUGGUGAUGUGUCUGGAGAGAUAUGUGGCUGUGUGCUACCCACUGAGGCACACUACCAUCAUCACCAUCAGAAACACAGAGGUGGCUAUUGUUGUGGUUUGGGGCUUCAGUUCACUAAAUGUCCUCAUUCAAGUUCUUUUGCUGUUAGAUUUUCCAUUUGAGGACCUGCAGAGCCUGCAGAUGAAAGAGUUUUGCUCCACAGAAAAUAUGCUGCUUGGCACAAUGUCUGAUCUGUACGACCAAGUCUUCACUUGUUUCCUGUUUGCAUCAGCUUGUGUGGCAAUCACGUCGUCAUAUAUUGGUGUGAUGGUAGCAGCCAGGUCAGCCUCCACAGACACAGCUUCAGCACGUAAGGCUCGUCACACACUGCUGCUGCAUCUGGCACAGCUGGGCCUCAGUCUGUCCUCAACUAUAUACAAUCCUCUGGUUAUUGCUAUCACAAAAAUCGUUGACAAAAUCACAAUCUUUCGCAUCCAGACUAUUCUUUAUGUGGGUGUAAUCCUUCUUCCCAGAUGUCUGAGCACUCUCAUCUAUGGCAUCAGAGACCAGACCAUCAGACCCAUCCUCAUAUGUCAUCUAUGCUGUCAAUAUAAACUGUCGAUUGUUCAGUCACUAAGGUCUCAGUCUAGGCUACACUGA